AGAAACGUCUCACUCUUUUUACAAACCCUACCAAGCAACUACUCUUAUUACUCUCAUUUCCUGAGCAGCGGCGAUGUCAUCGACAGAUCCAGUGGUGUCGACACCGAAGGCUGCGACGACGUUUUCCACGUGGCCACACCGCUGGACUUCGAAGAGAGAGAAAGAGAGAGCAAGGAGAUGAAGGUCCGGCGGGUCACCACCGGAACCCGAGCCAUCCUGCAAGCUUGCGCCCACUCCAAAACCGUGCUUCGCCUGCUCCGCACCUCCACCCUCGGCAAGGUGACCUUCAACGCGGAAUUCUUCGGCUCCUCCGGCACGCCCGACGCCGUGGAUGAGAGCUCGUGGACACUCCAGAGAGAAUCAAGAACUGCCAGAUCGCAGCUUCUAUCAGCAAAUUUGGGGUGGAUGCUUUUGUGGCAAAAAACGAGAAUUUUUGCAGAGAAUGCCGGUUUGAGCCCCUUACUACGUUCGAUGCAGCAUGAUUAUGCUUGGAUUCAAAGCGGAAUGAUAUUUCCUUUCAUAGCUUAUGUGAAUAGGUUUCAAGGCAGACUGAACUUAAUGAUAACAAGCCCUGUGAUCUACGUUCUGUAUAGAAGAGGCAUUUUUGGCGGAAAAUGGUUUGUUGAAAUGUUGAUGGUUGAAAUUAAUGCGGCGGCUGGGAACUUGAAUUAUCUGCGUACUCUUAUAAGGAUACUAACGAUAAAUAUAAGGUGGAUAUAA